AUGCUGUUGAUGUUCAUCAUUGUCACGAUCAUCAAGCGACUGCUCGUUUCACCAAAAAUAAAACUUUUCGGUGAUCACAGUUGGAUGUCAGGAAAACGAAAAAGGAAUAAAUUGGUUGGUUGUAUGGGAAACAGUGAACUUUAUUUGGCUUAUUGUCGUACAGUAAAACAUUUCAGCAUGUGGUGA